AUGAGGGGCGCUCUCCGCCAGUGCAACUACACUAAACCGCCCAGCGGAACAUCCGAGAGGGUUUCAGUGCAGCGGCGCUGCCCCGAACCAGAGCUCUGCCCCAAACAAUCUUCAACGCCACCUAUGUUGGCAGCUGUGCCGUUGACCAGGCAGGCAACAUUGCACAAAUGUUGUGGUACACAGGGAAGCAAGCACAUCACAGACAUCAGAGCUGACCAUGAAAGUUCUUUUCGAAAGACGUGUAGAGCGGUUCUAACUGCACCUAAUGAAAAUCCUUUAGGGGCAAGCAGCAUUAGUACCGGAGCCAGUCAGCAGGCCGGCCCAUCUGGAGCUCAACUAACCCCCAGAUCCACUGCAGUUGCAGAAUGGACAGACGGAGAAACGAAGCUCCUGCUUGACAAGUAUGGCUUGUACCUCGAAAAAAUUGGCCCUCUAAAACGCUUCAAAAAUAGGAAAUCAAUGUUUCAGAAGAUAUCUCAGGACAUUUUAAGUAUAUUGGGCACCGAAAAAACACACAUACAGUGUGAGAAUAGAGUAAAAACAAUAUUAAGACGCAAGAGGCAUGCCAUCAAAAACAACAGUCAAUCUGGAGCUUCGCCGCUCCCUGUUCCAUACCAAGAGGAGCUCCAGGCAAUCCUCCGCAAAGACGACAGUAUUGAUCCUGAAAUUUUGCGGGACGCCCAUGGGGUGACAUACAGAGGGGUAUCGACCACUCACACUGCACAAGGGGUCCCCUCGCCUACUGUCACUACCGUACAAGCCAGCACCACUCAGGCUGGGAUUGCCAUUCCUGAUCCCCCUCAAGAACAGGAAUUAGCACCUUCAAAUGAGGAGGGUGGACAGCUGGAGAGUGACAGAGAUGGCAGGGAACCACGCCCAAAGCGCAGACAACGGCCAAGCACUAAAAUGGAAGAACUAGAAGAAAAAAAGGAACAAAGAAGAAUGGAACGUGAAGACAGGAGGCGAGCGGAACGAGCAGAAAGACAACAAGAAAGGGUACAGAGGCAUCGCAAGAACAUUGAAAUUCUAGAGAAAAUUCAUAUAGUUCUUGAUGCCCUUAACAAUAAAAUAAAGUGA